GUUUAUUUACCUUUUCGAGAACUUGGGUACCCAUGUUGCUCUUCAACUAAGCCUGAAGUUGGAGUCUACCUACGGUGCUAUUGGUAAUAUCCCCCAUGGUCGUCAGUAUGAAGCAGCAGUGGCCGCUUUGCGAUCGAUCUACACGUCGGUGCAGGGUAACGACGAUAGUUCUGUCCUUAAUCGGUGGUAUAUCCUCAAUGCUGCUGACUUCCCUACCUACCAACUUUUUGAGGAAGAGUUCACCACUUUACUAGCUCAGCUCCGACGACGUGGCCAUCUACUUCCGGUAUCACAGGCCAAUGGCCGCUUGCUCGCGGCUCUGCCAUCAGGAGUGCGUGCCUGGGCAUCCGAUCACCUCUCUCUCAUGCUGGACGAGAACGAGUUCCAACGUCGAGUGCGGGUCCACUGCGUUAACCACGGCAUUGGAACGGGAUGGAGCACUUUGAAGCCAGGACAUUGGGUCCUGGAUAAGCACGGUCGGUAUGUUAAGAAGCUCACCCCAUGCUCUACGGCAGUGUGCACUUCCGGCCCGUCAGCUAAUACUCUCCCAUCCGUGGCUACUGUUCACGAGACUACCUGGUCUCAGGGUACUUCUCCUGCUGUUCCCCCUGGUUUGCCCCCUACUUCGGUGCCUUCGGCCUCG